UGUCUAUCGCGCCGGAAGAGAAGAAGGUCCUUUUCCCAGCCAUCUUGUGGCUUCAUCUAGCGAAGUGUUCGCACCAAGCCUCAUAGAAUCGGAGGAAAAUCCUGCUGAAGGGGCGCCAUCAUGCCCGGACAAAUGCAAGAAGGUUUUGGCUGUGCCAUAACCAAUCGGUUCGACCAGUUAUUUGACGAUGAGUCGGAUCCAUUUGAGCUGCUGAAGCAAGCCGAAGUGAAGAAGAAGGAGGGUCCUGCUCCUGGUACCGCCAAGACUGCAGCCCAGGCUGCCAAGCAGUCGAAAAAGGAGUCCCAAAAAGACAGAAAGAUCCCACUGGCUGAUAAGAAGGAGGAGGUUCAAGCACCCGUACCACUUAAGAAAGAUGGAGCCGGCAUGAGGAGAAUGGGCCGCAAGCCGGAAGGCGAUGGGUCCAGACCCCAGGGCGGCCAGGGAGAGGGACGUCCCCCCACAGACAGACGGCCUGUGGAUAGGCGGCCCCCACGCCGCUUUGAGAGGCCUGCUGGUGACGCUGGCGAGAAGCCCGAGGGAGGCGAAUUCUCAGUGGAGAAACCCAUUGGUGAUAGGCCGAUGAGAGGACGCGGCGGUGGCAGAGGAGGCCGUGGAGGCCGAGGACGUGGCAUGGGUCGCAGCGAUGGCUUUGAUUCCCGAGGAAAGCGUGAAUUUGAUAGACACAGUGGCAGUGACCGAUCUAGUCUGAAAGGUGAGGAGAAGCGUGGUGGAAGUGGAUCUCACAACUGGGGCACCGUCAAGGAUGAACUAAAUGAGCUCGACCAGUCAAAUGUCACUGAAGAGAACCCUGAAGGAGAGGAGCAUCCACCAGCUGACUCUGAGAACAAAAGGGAGAAUGAGGUUGAGGAAGUGAAGGAUGAAGGCCCUAAGGAGAUGACUCUGGAUGAAUGGAAGGCCAUGCAGGACAAGGAGCGGGCCAAGGUGGAGUUCAACAUCCGCAAAGUCAAGGAGGGAGAUGAUUGGAACAAAGGAUUUGUGCUGCACAAGUCCAAGGCAGAGGAUAAGAAAAGCGAUCUGAUUGACCCUGAGGUUGAUGAGUCUAAGUUAGAGGAUCCACAUCACUUCCGGAAGCCAGCCAACGACAUUACAUCCCAGCUCGAGAUCAACUUUGGAGACCUGGGACGUCCAGGCCGUGGACGCGGCGGACCACGUGGUGGCCGGGGCGGUCGUGGUCGUGGCGGAUUUGGUGGCGAAGCCCCAAGGCCGGUCCGCGGAGGAAGGACUGACAAGUCCUCUGCAUCUGUGCCCAAUGUGGAUGACCCAGAGGCCUUCCCAGCCCUGGCUUAAGCCCCAGCUGCUGUCCCUCAGGCCUACAGGAGCCUCCUAAGCACCUCCACUAUGAGGCUUGCAUGUUCCUGGAUCCUUCAGCAAAGUGAAUUGAUGGAGAAAAGUGUCAUCAACGAUGGCACUCAACUUGAGGACUGAGUUUUACCCAAUAAAAACAAAACAAAGAUGGAAAAAAACAGAAAUUAACAAAAAAAAAAAACAAAAAAAGAAAAGGACUUCUUGCUACUCUGGAGCAACUUAUUGGUAGAGGUUUUGUACUUGGAAACAAAGUAGCAGGGAUGCUUUCAUACAGUAUUUUUUUCAGAGGUUAUGCACUGUCCAUUGAUAAAUUUUUGUAAUUGCUGCUUGAAAAUAUGCAUUUCGAAAUGUAAGCAUAAGACGAGUAUCUUUAGCCUGGUGUGAGCCAUUGCUUUCUUGCUUUGACUAUAGGCACUGUGGAGCUCCAACCCAAGCUCAAAAGCUCUGCUACACAGGGUAAUCCUGAUGAGGUUAGAGCUUCACACAUUGAGAUUUACAGAUUUUUUUUUCUUUAGCACUGGGGUAUUGUUUUAUAUUUUAUACAGAAGGUCUAUUCUUCUAUGAUCUUCGGCCUGUAAAUCUUAACUAUUUUCAUAAAUUCUUUCAGAGACUGUGUUUCACAUGGUGCAAGUGGGACACCUUGAUCUUCUGGUCCAAGGAUGCCGUCUACAUUCGAAUGCAUAGAUGAAAUGGCACCUAAAUCUGUAUUAAGAUUAUUUUGUACUAAAAUGUUCUUAAGGAGGAACAUUAGGUCAUUUUUGGAGGGACACUGGUGAUUUCUCAACCAAACUUGAUCCUGGGACAUCUGUCAAGUGGAUUAAUUUGAAGCUGGAAGUUAUUCCAUGUGUUCUGAUAUACUUGUAUUACAGGUGCUACACCCCAUCAUAAUGUCUCCUCCCUUCCCAUUUCAUCUUUGAUUACUAGAUAUGUGCAGGUCAUUUAAUGCUGGAGAGGAAGUGUCUGUACACAGUUGUGACGUGUCUUUACACAGACCUUCUCCGACUGUUUACACUCCACCCGAGCAUCCUUCCACAGAUGUAAACUCAGCCCAGCUUCAGUUUGUUUCUGCAGUCUGUUCUGUGCUGGUUUUUUCUUCCACUUGCCCUGUAGCUUCCUUUCACAGUGGCACUACUGCAUAAUUGCUCUGAAAGAAAUACAGUCGUUCAUUGCGUUGAACAGCUGAAGUGCUCUACAGAUGUGUGAAUUCUAGCCCUGCUAUUAGAGACCUCUGUCGGUAAAUAAAGAUGGUCGAUAAA